UGAAGAUGAACAAUUUUGCAACAUGCUAGAGAACGCAUUAAUCUUGGUUUUCUGCUUACCUGCCCUAGAAACACGCCUGAUACAAUUUCCAUCAGUUUUGAAAGUGAAUGUUGGGGAAUCUGCCCAACUAAUGUGCACCAUUCAUGAUGAUGCUCCCUUCUGUUUUACUAUAGUAUGGCACAUUCAGAAACCUGGUGCACUUCUAAAAAUGCUGGAAGUAAAUAACAGGUUUAAUUUUUCAAAAAAUGAAGCAGAAACAAAUUGUUUUUUAACGAUACAUAACAUACAAAAAAGUGACGCUGGGAUAUAUUUUUGUGCACGCUGUAGCUAUGCUCUUAGCUACUUUGGAAGUGGGACCAAACUCAUUGUCAAAGACAGAUCUGUCUACAAUAUCACUCCGUUUGUAUUUCCCCCAUCAACUGAGGAAAUUAAUCUAAAGAAGGCAAGCACACUUCUCUGCUUGGUGUAUGGUGUCUCUCAUGGUGAAAUUGCAAUAUACUGGAACAUUUCAGGUAUACUUAUGGACGGCCUGAUUGAUAUGGGACCAUCUAUGUCAGAAGGAAUGUAUGCUGUGAAGAACCAGUUAACUGUACCUGCAGAAACAUGGAACAGUGGUGUUAUCUGCACAUGCACAGUAGAAGCAGGCAAUAUGACAUUCUUCAGAAGCAUAAGCAGAGGUCACUCCCAAGACUCAAACUUUCACCUGGAACUGACACCUCUUUGCUUUAUAGGAGUGAAUGCCUUUCUUCUUCUUUCCAUCAUUUCUGUUAUAAUCUAUUAUCAAAGAAGGCUAAGAAAAGAAUUCAAUUCUGAAGAUUGCAAAGUCAAAUGGAUGAAGACUUGUGAGUCAGCAGCAAUAUACCAGACCGUCAUUACACCAGGACAAAAUUGAUGCAAAGCUAGAACAUGCCUUUUUAGACCUGAAGAAGGCAAGAAAACAUUGAGUGUUGGAAAAUGUACACCACAACAUAUCAUCCUUGAUGUUGAAGAUGAUGAUACUGAUAAGAUUCAGCUGCUAUGCUUCAUGGAAUAAAACCACAGAUACAAGAUCAUACAGACAAUACCAAUUUCCCAGCAAGAUUUUGAUUAUUUUCAUUUUUUUCAUAUUUUUUUAUUCAAAUGUUAAGUGCCUAAGGCAUUGUUGUUGUUUUUGUUGUUGUUACUCUGUUCCUCAUAAACACAUUGUUCUAGAGAAUAGUUAAACAAAACAUUUUAUUUAUAAGUUGUCAUUUAUAGAGCAUCUGUUCGAAACAAAAGUCUGAAGGAUUUUUUAUUAAAUGCAUAUUUUAUUUGUUCUAUUUAUUCAUUCCAAGGGAAAUAAAAGCAAAAAAAAAAAAAAAAUAAGUGCAUGCACCCUAUAACUUGAAUGAAUAAGUACUUGCACUAAGUUGAUUAAAUUAAAUUAUCUGUUCCAUUUCUGAUGUUACUUUGCCCUUGUAUGUUUAUACUUUUGCCUUUGGGCUGGGCAAUGACUGAAAUUUGUCCUUAGGAUAAAUCCACUUCCCAAAUAACAAGUUUUAAACAAAAGAACAACAAUUAAUAAAAUGACCUAAGAAUGAAAUAAACAAGAUGAGAGCUGUUAAAAAAGGGGUUGAUAUUCCUAAAUCACACAUCAAUUCUGUCUUGCCUUUCACUAAAAUAAUAUUAAUCCAAAAUCUUCUGGGCCAUACACUUACAUGCAUAUGGUUUUCCAUGUGAUGCCUCCUGUGGCAAAAACAAUGGUCUUCCUUAUUUUCCUUGACAAUGUAGUUUUUCUAUACCUUUUCUCCAUCCCAAGAGACCUCUGUUGUUUACAGCCACUUGGACAUGACUUUUCCCUUACCAAGUAGAUCAGUUUUGGGCCUGUUAAUCCAAAAUGUGAUAAUACCCAUGGAAAUCACUCUCUCAUUUCAUGAGAGACAAGAGCAACUCCUUAAUCAAACAGACACUCAUUAUGAAUAACAGAAAAGGGAGGCCCACACUACAUAAGUGCGAUUAUUUUCUGAUAAGGUGUGAACAUUCUGUAAAAUGGAACUCGUCAAAUUCUUUCCAAUUGACCAGGUAGGCUAACUAGAUACCCUUUUGAGCAUUUCUCAACCCCUUAACACACUACACACACAAUCCCUGAAUUAGAAAAAUUAUGUAUGUUGUAACCCUGGAAAAUAUCCCUAGUAUUGCCAAGUGAACGUGUAUGGUCUUAAUGGCCUCAUCAACCAUGCAUCUGGACAAUAUAUAAUGAGCAGAGAAGGUGACCACCUCCUCUCAUCACUUGUUAACAUCAGACAAAAAGACCAAAAUGAGUGGUAUACAGUCGCAUUAGAUUUUUUUGGUGUUAUACAGCCAAUAAUUGCAGACCAGGAACUACACUGCACUUUGCCAAUCAGCUAGAAGUGAAAUAAGGAUUCUGGCAGUUUCUUGUGUGCAGCUGUGGCUAGUCUGUAGAAACUUGUAAUCUGUAAUCAAGAGACUAUCAGCUAGAUUGUUAAAUAGCAUGGGUGAAGGAUACGUUCAUCUUAAUGCUGUGUAGGACAAAUAACAUAAGGAAUCGGUAAAAAGAUAUGUAUUUGUGGAUCUUUUUAAUAAGUAUCUGCACUACUUUCUGGUUAUCAGAGUGAAAAAUGUCCUUUUCGUUAGCAAUUAGCUUAAGCUAAACUAUGGAGGUCACUCAGUUUGGCUUGAACUCUAUUAAGGUAAUGUUUUUAUUACACUUGACUGACAAAGAAUCUGGCCCCAUGGCUAAAAAAACAACAUCCCUUGCAGUGUGUCCUCAUACCUAGUCUCCUGCUGCAUUAGUCAAUAAAUACAAUGAUGUGGAAGAAGGCUAUUUACUUUGCCAGAUGGCAACACCAAUGCACUGAGAUUGCAAUUGUCAUAAAAUGCAAAGGUCAUCAUUUACUCUGGCUGGAACCCUUAUUCUGUGAGGUUUCUGACAGCCAACUUUCUAUAUGUUGGCAAGGGCCCUGGUGAAAGUUCUUUCUAAUGCAACUGCCCUGCAGGCAAAAUUGAUGAGUCUAAGUAAAUCUAUGACUUCCAGUAUUUGUACAAUCCUCACUCUAAGGAAAACCUCAAUGCCCUCCCUUAAGCACUAUAGCUUACUCUAUGAGCGGUGAAAGGUUGAUGAAUGGGUAUUAAUCUCCAAAUAACAAAAUUCCAUAGGUGAUUGAAAGCAUCCAAGCCCUCUUUUGCACCAUCUCCUCCUUCCUCGACUACCAAGAAGUCACCCAGGUAAUGCACUACAGUUUUCCACUAAGAUCUUUGUUGUCAACACUAAUGGAGGGCUAUACGAAACCUCUCAAACACAACAUAAGCUGUGCACAGCCAGAGAGCAUGGCAGUUUCAAAGAAAAAUUCACCAUCAAAAUGCCUCCUAAGGAGAGGCCACUCCUCCUCCUGGAUCUGCAAUAAAUAGAAAGCAGUUCAAUAACAAGCUUAUCCAACCACAAGUCAAGAAUUGCAUUUGCCAGCAAGGAUAUGCAAUCAAAAAGUAAGUUGAACUUAGUGCUCUGACUAAGCAUAGUAUAUUCUGCAACCAUUUUAACAAGUUUAUUUUUUUUUAUUUUAGAAAACAUUGAUAGGAGUAGGAGGGAAGGUAAACAGGAUUAACCAUUUUCAAUACAGGGAAUUGGCAUUGCCAGAUAUUUUUAAGAAGCUAAUGUUCAACUUGAUUUGAAUUAUAUGAUUUCCAUUAAAAGUGCAAAAAAAUCAAGUAUAAUAAGAUUAGGUAAAUAUUCAAUGAUGUCUGUAUGUCAUGUGACUGUUUUACUUGGAAUUUAAGUGCUUGUUGGUUUC